AUGGUUUUUAUUCAAAACUUCCUUCUUAAAUCCGUCAAAAAGUCAUUUCGUAGCCACCUUCGAAGUCGUUUUCUAGACACGCUUCGGUUGACAACGAAAGGAGGCCACGGUGGAAAUGGAUUUCCCAAAUACGGUGGAGCCGGGGGUCAAGGAGGUGCGGUGUUUUUCGUUGCCAAAGAAGGCAAAUCGUUGCGUGAUAUAGUUUCAAAGCAUCCCAACAAACGGAUAGUAGGCGGAAAUGGGGAGGAAAGUUCAAAGGUUAGACUUAUCGGGCGAAGAGGCACGGAUCAGAAGGUGGAAGUGCCGGUUGGCAUUCGCGUGCUGGAUCAGGAAACAGGAGGAGUGAUAUCGGAACUAGACAAAGAUGGGAAAACCUUCCUUGCUGCUGGUGGAGGAAGCGGAGGCUGCUCUGGAAACUCUUUCCUCGGAAAGCCCGGACAGCAACGCACACUCACACUCGACUUAAAGCUAAUUGCGGACGUUGGACUAGUGGGGUUUCCGAAUGCUGGCAAGAGUACUCUGGUGAAAGCCAUCUCGAAUGCAUCUCCGAAAAUUGCCUCAUACCCUUUUACCACUAUUCGACCCCAAAUUGCCACGAUUGAGUAUGAAGAUUACCGCCAAAUAACGAUAGCGGAUCUGCCUGGGCUUAUCGAGGGAGCACAUGCAAAUUUCGGAAUGGGUCACAAAUUCCUGAAACACGUAGAGCGGACCAGCCUUUUGCUGAUCAUCGUGGAUGUGUUCGGGUUUCAGCUCAGCCAGCAGCACCGGAAGCGUAACUGUUUGGAAACAAUUUACGCGCUGAACCGAGAGCUCGAGCUGUACGAUAGGACAUUGCUUGAUAAGCCGUGUGCUCUCAUAAUCAACAAAAUGGACAAGGAAGGCGCAAUAGACGAGAUUUGUAAAUAUGAAAAUUACUUCCACUCGUUAGAAGAUGGUCUUAAGUUGUGUCCAGAUGAUUUGGUUCCCCAAAAGCUACUUUCCAUCGAUACAGUUAUACCAAUAUCCGCUAAAAAUAUGGCGGAAAUAAAGAAGGUUAAGCACGAGGUCCGAACGAUUCUAGACAUCCGAGCGGAACAAAAGCUGCAAGAAGAAUAUUCAGACAAGGAAGAGCAGCUUCGUUCAAAAAUUAAUGAGAGAGGUCCAAAAGUGGUGUAG